AUGUUGGCGGGUGUGGCCUUGAUUGCCACCAUGGCCUUUACCCCCAACUAUUUUGAAAUUAGCAAACAGCUCGACAUUUUCACCAACGUAUUCAAGGAAAUAAGCCUGUACUACGUUGAUGAUACCGAGCCCGGGAAGCUUAUGGAAGAGGCCAUUACAUCCAUGCUGUCGUCAUUAGAUCCCUAUACCAAUUACAUCCCGGAAGAAAGGGUUGAGGAUUUUAAAAUCCAGCAUACGGGAAAUUACGGGGGCAUCGGGGCCAGCAUUCGCGCACACGAUGGCAAAAUGUUUAUUGCGGCUCCGUACCAAGGCUUUGCGGCAGACAAAGCCGGCCUCCAGGCUGGAGAUAUAAUUCUGAGCAUUGAUGGAGAAUCGGUAAAAGGCAGAAGCACCGACCAGGUGAGCGAAAUUUUAAAAGGCGCGCCCGGCACUACAUUCAGCAUUGAAAUAAAACGGAACGAUCAAGUGAUCACCAAAGAAAUUGAGCGCGAGGAAGUACACGUAAACAGCGUGCCCUAUGCGGGAAUGCUUGACAACGGUGUGGGGUAUAUCUCACUUUCAAGCUUUACCCAAAAUGCUUCUAUGGAAAUUAAAGAAGCCUGGAAAAACCUUGAGGAGGAGCAUGCGCUCAAAGGCCUGGUUUUAGAUUUGCGCAACAACCCAGGGGGGCUUUUGGCCGAAGCCAUUAAUGUUACCAACCUCUUUAUUGAUAAAGGCAAGGAAGUGGUGCAAACCAAAGGAAAAAUGGAGGAGUGGCAGCGCGUGUACAAAACGUUAAAAAAAGCAGAGGAUACCGAAAUACCGCUGGCCAUUCUGAUUAAUUCGGGAAGCGCAUCGGCCUCCGAAAUUGUGGCCGGUACCCUGCAGGAUUACGACCGGGCGGUUGUGAUUGGUCAACGCUCGUUUGGCAAAGGACUGGUGCAGGAAACUCGUCAACUGCCUUACGGUUCGCAAGUAAAAAUUACCAUCGCCAAAUACUACACCCCCAGUGGCCGCCUUAUUCAGGCCAUUGAUUAUGCCGAGCGGGCAGAUGACGGCAGUGUUACUAAAAUACCUGAUUCCCUGCGCACCCGUUUUCAAACGGAGGCCGGGCGCCCGGUGUAUGACGGUGGAGGCAUUGAUCCCGACAUAAAAACCGAGCAACCCAAGGCCGCUGAUGUUCUGCUGGCUCUGUAUCGCGACAUGCAUUUAUUCGAAUACGCAACCCAUUAUAAAAAUACGCACGCCAGCAUUGCCCCUGCGCGCGAUUUUGAAAUAAGCGACUCUGAAUAUGAUGCCUUUAAACAAUGGUUGAAGGCUAGAAAUUUCACUUUCUCAACCAAAACCGGGAAAAUGAUUGAGCAAUUGCGUCAGGCCGCCAAGCAGGAGGGUUAUGCCGACAAAAUGGAUCAGGCCCUGGGGCAGGUUGAGGAGCGCUACAACUCCUCAAAAGCCAAUGAUUUGGAUGAACAUAAAUUAUUCAUCAAGCAGCUGCUGGCCGAGGAAAUAGCCUCGCGCUAUUAUUACAACGGAGGGCGCAUUGCCAACAGCUUGAGAAACGAUAUUGAGGUGAAAAAAGCUCAAUGGUUGGGCAAGGCCUAUCAAUUAUGCCUGCUCUUUUUCGCCCUCUUGUUGCCUUUUCAGCCGCGGUGGCUGCCCAUUACCCUGGGCAUAAUGCUUAUGGGUUUGGCAUGGCUCGUGAGUUUGCAAUUUGGGCAAAAGUUCAGGGCCUUAUUCAGUAACCGGGCAGCCGGCCUCAUGCUCUUUUACUACCUGGUACUGGCGGUUUCCAGCAUUUUUACACCGCUUCCCGCGGAAGGAGGCGAAGAGCUCCUGCUGAAGUUCCCCUUCUUGGCCUGGGCCAUUAUGUUGGGGUCAAUCACCAGGCUUCGGGCGCGGCAAAUCAGCUUUGUUAUAAAAGCAUUUGUGGGGGCCACAGCCCUGUCGGUAGUGUUUUGUUUUGCCGAUAGCCUGUAUAGCUAUUUGUCCUUUCCCCACAGCAGCGUUUUUUACUUUGAAGAGCUGGUGAAUUUCAGUCUUAUUCCACCGCACUACCUGGGGCUAUUCGUAAAUUUCAGUUACGCACUGGUUUUUCAAAGCUUGCUCAGCAAGCAAAAGCUUAUUGCAUCCAAGAAAUAUAGCAUAGCCCUACUGUUGCUGUUUUUUAUUGCGGUAGUGUUUAUUUCCGUGCGCAUGCAGUUUGUGGUGUUUGUUGUCAUAAACGGGGUGGUACUCUUCAAUUAUCUCAGUGCCAAACGAGGCGCUCUUUGGGCCAGCCUGGCCUUUCUGGGCCUGCUUGCAGCUUUUGUUGGCAUUGCCCUGCUGGUGCCCGGUAGCAAAGCGCGCAUGAUUGAUACCUAUCAUGAAUUGAAGGGGAAGAAGACGUUUAGCAGUAUAACCGCCCAGGCUCUUUCCAGCAUGCUUUCGGUUAACAUGCAAACGGCCAUAAAUGACAAGAUAUUGGUUGUGGGCGUUGUAGCCUUGCUGGUAACCGGUUUUAAAGCCCUGCUCUCGGUACUCAUUUAUAAGUUCACUUUUGGCAUCGCCUAUUCCCGUUCCCAACACUAG